AUGGAGAAUAAUUUUGUACCAAAUGGUCUCAUAUCUAGUGAAACAAGCUUUGUUGCUAAAGUGCUUGAAAGAGAUAGAUGGUCACAAGUUGAAGAUAGAACUAUAGAGCUACUUAAAUACAUUAAGCCCAAUCAUAAAUCCGAAAUACUUCGAAAUAAUGUCAUUUCUUACUUAAAGGGUCUCAUCACGAACCAUCUCCCUUGCCGGGUAACAAAACUCUGCUUCACUUUUUCAUUAGGUUUGAUGGAAGAGCGAAUGUUUUUUAUCAACCGUCUUAGUAGCAUUCAAAUUGGAAUAAAGUUUUCUUUAUUGCACCAGGUAUUACCGUUUGGAUCAGUACCCUUGAAAACUUACUUACCUGACGGAGACAUUGACCUAACUACUUUUGGCAUCAAUCGAAGUUUGCCAGCAAGUUUCAUUCCAGAAAUCCUCCGAAUUUUAGAGAGUGAAAGGAAAAAUGAGUUUGCUCCAUUUAAGGUUAAAGAGGUUCAUUUUGUACAAGCAGAGGUGAAGAUCAUAAAGUGCUUGGUUGAAAAUUUUGUAGUUGACAUAUCUUUCAACCAAUUGAGCGGUUUAUCUUCGCUGUGUUUUUUCGAAGAGGUUAACUAUUUGAUAAAACGGAAUCAUCUAUUCAAGCACAGUAUUAUAUUGAUAAAAGCUUGGUGUUUCCAUGAGAGUCGCCUCCUGGGUUCUAGCAGCGGACUCCUUUCAACCUAUGCAUUGGAAAUUUUAGUCUUGUACAUAUUUAAUCUUUACAACAAUAAAUUUGCUGGACCACUUGAGGUACUUUUUCGAUUCCUGGAGUUCUUUAGUAAAUUUGACUGGGAAAACUAUUGUGUUAGCUUGAGUGGACCAGUGCCCAUAGGCUCACUUCCUAAUAUGAUAGCCGAGUCUCCAAGAAAUGAUAGCCAAAGCCAAGACUUACUGCUCCCGAAAUGGUUUCUUGGUGCCUGUAAGUCCUGUUAUGGUAAUGUGGCGUGCGGCCAAGAAAGUCGUGAGAAAUAUUUUGUUCCCAAACAUAUCAACAUUAUAGAUCCUUUGCGUGCAAUCAACAACCUGGGUCGUAGCAUCAACAAGAGUAGCUUCUUUAGGAUAAAGAGCGCAAUCUCUCUUGGUGCUAAGCAGCUGAUGAGAUUGUUGAAUUGCACAGAUGAAUAUUUAAUAGCUGAAUUUGAUUUCUUUUUCAAAAACACGUGGGAUAGACAUGGGAAUGGUUAUUGGAUUGAUGUACACAUUUAUAAUCUUUUUAUAAGAAAUAAAAAAGUUGGAAGGUCGACAUGUCAAGAAUCUGAAAUUGAACAGGCUCAAGCUUCUCAUGAGUCUCAGGGUAUUUACCGAAAGCUUGAUAACCAUUUAAAAGAAUCAAAACAAAUGGUUGGAACCUCUGAUGCCUGUGCUGUUUCUCAAACUCAGAGCUUGAAGACUGGUAGGAUAUUGAUCUCUGAUAGAAAACAUACAAAUUCCUUGACAAAUGCAUUUAUUGAUAAAGACAAAAGUCCUCAAUGUUCAUCAAGUGAAGUUCAUGCCAUGCAUCACUUUUCUUGUGAUUGCUCUAGUCUAGAACCUGCUCCUAUAUAUAGUGAAGCUCCAACUCAGCAUUGCAGUGCUUUGGUAUCAGAAAGAGAAAGUGGACUGAUCCGUUCUUCUUCUUCAAUGACUGAUAAUAGCAUGGGAUCCAGCUCAAGAUCUGAAGUUUUAGACAGUCAGAAUGUCAAAAUUUCUUCUGAAGAUGAAGAUGCAGUUAUAUCAAAAAAUGCUUCAGAUAUGGGACUGCUUAAGGAAGAGCACGAUUGUGUAGAUAUUUCAAAAAAUAGUAGGAGUAGGAAGGUCAUUGAUUAUCUCGAUACCCUAAUGCACGUGAAAUCGAAUAAGGAAAUUGGCCAUUCUGUAGAAGAGGCAACCAUGCUGCAAAAGGAAGAGCCUGGUUUGGGGAAUACUACAGAAAUUUAUAGGAGUCCCAAGUUUGGUGGAUACUUGCGAGCAUUAUUGAGUGUGAAACCAAGUGUUGUGUCUUCUUCACCUCCGCUGCCGCCCCCACCAGCACAGGACGUGCCUUUUUCUCUAGAAGUGGAUCAAUUUCCUAAAUUGCUACGGUUUCCAAAAGCUACGAGUAAGCGGAAAAGUUGGACAGUUGUUAAAGACAGGGCUUAUCCUCCUGCUGUAGGAAUCACAGAUAGUAGUAAUGUGACGAACCCUGCUGCAAGCUCUGGAGACGCAACGGCUUCAGACUUAACUUCUGGGACCAACCUGUCGUCCUCGCCUACGAAGACUAGUAAAUCUGAUGGUAUCCAUGGUACAUCAACUGUGUCCAUGGAUAUUGGUAGGCACGAGAGCCCAAUUUAUGAAAGUGCUACACAUGUUCAGGAUCCUCAAUUAACCCAAAUUGAGCAAGGGUCGAUGACUGUGUGUAACUCACCAGUUUCUGACACUCCUGUUAUUGUUGGUAGUUCUUCAAGCCAAAUAUCUGUUGAUAACCAAAGCUUAUCAACAUGUGCAUUUGGUUCCUCUAUGACACAAUUUCCAUUCACAUACAACAAUCUUCCUACUGAGAAUGAAAUCACUUACAUGAAUGCUGCUUCCCAUGUUAACAGUGUCAAUCAAGUUGAAGCUUUACAACAUUUAUUGAACCAAGCUUCUGAUAUUUUGAAUGGUGAUUAUGAAAUCUAUUGGAUGAAUCUUCAAUACGGACGGCAUUGUCAGAAUGGACAAUUAGAGGAGCCUUUGUUUUUUCCUCCACCUUUUGUACCGCCAAUGUAUUUUCGAGCACAAUAUUAUUGGAAUAGCAGACCUUCAAGUUCUAAGAACGUUAUGGCUCCCUUGGUUCCUGGAAUGCCAACUUCACUUGAUUCUGGUUCACAUGAGGGUAUAAAUCAACAUGUUUCUUGUUGGCUUCCCAGACUCAGUGGCGGAACUGGAACUUUCAUGCCAGACCCACUAGUUUACCACCAGAGAUAUUACAACAGAGAUAUGUACAUCAAACAUCAGAAUGCAAAUUGCAGAGGUGGAAGGAGGGAAGUUGAGAAUUACAGGCAAGUUGAGAGGCCAGGGAACUCAAAUUCCAAUUCAAGAGGAAGGUUUUCUGGAUCCGGCCAGUCUCACAGGAAAGUGCAGAAGCCAAGAAAUUUGAAUUCUAAUUCAAGGGAAAGGUCUUCCUGCCGCAGACAGAGUCACUACAGGAAAAUUGAAAAACCAGAAGAUAAAAAGGAAGCAUUACAUCAAGGUGAAGGCCCAAGUAGUGCAGUUAAUGAGCUGGAAAAUUUGGAAAGGGAUUCUAAAGAUAAUUCUCCACAUCAGCCCUGAUCAUAAUCCAUUUUCAUCGGGGUAAUUGGUCCGUUUUAUGCAUUGCGUGAAGAGGGGUUUAUAUGUUUUAUCUUCAAUUCUCCACCUCAAGGUUCUCUAGGUGGUUUUCAACAAGAAUUUCUAGAGCCUUACCUUUUUAGGCUGUUAGUUUAUGAUUUCUGUUGUAUAUCAGUUGCAAAUGUCAUCAUGUAAAGCUUCUGCUUGGACCAUCUUAAAAUUUUACAUUAGUGAUAUCAAGAUACAACUCAUACUCUAGGAAAAGUUAUUCUAACUUGAAACCUUUUUACAAGAUUGAAAUGUAUAUAUACAAGGCUAUUUUACAAACCAA